AUGUUCAUGCAUUUGGAGGUUUUCUAUUACGUUUUCAUUCUGCUGGCUCACAUGAGAUCGUACUGCUGCUGGUCAGUGAAUAAUUUCUUGAUGACUGGACCCAAGGCGUACCUGAUCUACUCCAGCAGCGUGGCAGCAGGAGCUCAGAGUGGCAUAGAGGAGUGCAAAUACCAGUUUGCAUGGGACCGCUGGAACUGCCCUGAGAGAGCUCUGCAGCUGUCCACACACAGCAGCCUGCGCAGCGCAAAUCGGGAGACAGCGUUCGUUCAUGCCAUCAGCUCCGCCGGAGUCAUGUACACUUUAACCAGGAACUGCAGCCUAGGAGACUUUGACAACUGUGGCUGUGAUGACAGCAGGAACGGACAGCGAGGAGGCCAUGGUUGGUUGUGGGGCGGCUGCAGUGACAAUGUUGGCUUUGGCGAGGCCAUCUCCAAACAGUUUGUCGAUGCGUUGGAGACUGGGCAGGAUGCACGGGCAGCCAUGAAUCUCCACAAUAACGAGGCUGGGCGCAAGGCUGUGAAGGGGACCAUGCAAAGGACAUGUAAGUGCCACGGGGUGUCAGGAAGCUGCACCACUCAGACCUGCUGGCUGCAGUUGCCAGAGUUUAGGGAGGUGGGGAACUACUUGAAGGAGAAGUACCACAGGGCUCUGAAGGUGGAUCUCCUCAGAGGAGCUGGGAACAGUGCAGCCAGCCGGGGGGCAAUCGCGGAAACCUUUAGCUCCAUCUCUCGUAAAGAGCUGGUCCACCUCGAAGAUUCCCCCGAUUACUGCCUGGAAAACCGCACACUGGGCUUGCCGGGCACAGAGGGCCGCGAGUGCCUCAAGAAGGGCAAAAACUUGAGCAAAUGGGAGAAACGGAGCUGCAAGAGGCUCUGCGGAGAGUGUGGGCUGGCUGUGGAGGAGCGCAAAGCGGAGAUGGUGUCAAGCUGUAAUUGUAAAUUCCACUGGUGCUGCGCGGUGAAAUGUGAGCAGUGCAGGAAGACAGUGACCAAGUACUUUUGUGUAAAGAAAGGAGGACAGAGGGGAAGGAACGAGAGUGCUGGCAGCCGCCGGAAGAACCUCAGACUGAAGAAGAAGCACUGA